CCGUUUUAAGUGAAAGAGCUUUUUCUUAGGAGCAGAAGAGAGAGAGAGAGAGAGAAAGAGAGCGCGUUUUGGCUCACUGAUCUGGGGGGAAAACUGGUGGUGAUGGCGAUGACGGUGGUGGGGGUGGUAUUACACCGGGACUGAUGGUGGUGGUGGUGCUGUCACCGGCGUUAGCAAUGACGUGGCCAUCUUCGGAUUCCUACUAAAAGAAAAGUUGGCACCUUUAAAUUUUUUUCUAUAUUUACUUUCAUUCCGAUCUGAUUUUUUUUGGUUGUGGUGUUGAUUGACCUGUGGGACCCUAAGAAAUGUGGGGAUGCAUCUGAGCUGGUUCAGUUCUGGGUUGAUUUGAACCUGUUGGCUUUGAGCUGGUUUCCACAUUUUUAUUUUUUCUCUUCUCAAGUCUAUAGCUUUUUUGGGUUGAUGAUUCAGGUGAAUGUUGAGAGAUUGGAUUUGGUUUGCUUAUAAAAGAUGUCACUAAAGAGUAUUAUGCGGGAGCUAAAGGAAAUGAAAGAUGGGAUUGGGAACAUAUCAAGGAGAGGAGGGGAAAGUAAGGUUUGGCGUAGCCGGAUUAGAUCCCAUGUUGCUCCUGAUCAAGCACCAACGGGAUCUGAACUCGUAGAACAGAGCCCGUGGGCGAAUCUACCACCUGAAUUGCUCUUGGAUAUAAUUCAAAGGGUCGAAGAGAGUGAGACAGCUUGGCCUGCUCGAGCUGUUGUUGUCUUUUGUGCAGCAGUUUGUAGGUCCUGGAGGGAAAUCACUAAGGAGAUUGUGAAGACUCCCGAGCAAUGUGGAAGGCUCACAUUUCCCAUCUCAUUGAAGCAGCCGGGUCCUCGCGAGUCCCCGAUUCAAUGCUAUAUUAAAAGGGACAGAGCAACUUCAACAUAUUCUUUGUUCUAUGGGCUGGUGCCUUCUGAGGGAGAAAAUGAUAAAUUGCUGUUGGCAGCAAGAAAGGUCAGAAGGGCAACAUGCACAGACUUUGUUAUAUCCUUGGUUGCAGAUGAUUUUUCCAGGGCCAGCAAUACAUAUGUUGGUAAACUAAGGUCUAAUUUUUUGGGUACCAAGUUCACCAUAUAUGAUAGUCAGCCUCCAUGUGACUCAAUAAUCCCAUCAACUACCCGAUCAAGUCGUAGAUUUCACUCUAAGCAGGUGUCUCCUAGAUUACCUGCAUGCAACUACAGCAUAGGUACCAUUACCUAUGAGCUCAAUGUUCUGCGAACACGAGGACCAAGGAGAAUGCAUUGCAUUGUGCACUCCAUUCCUAUCUCUGCUAUUCAGGAAGGAGGCACUGCCCCAACACCAUCAGCAUUCCCACAAUCCUUUGAUGAGCAACUUUCUCCCUUAACCAGUUCAAAAGGAAAGGAACUAGUGAUUGGCGCCAGCUCCCCAAGCCUCCCAGCCACACCAGUAUUCUCCCUGGGCUCAGGAGAGCCAUUAACCCUUAAAAACAAGGCCCCAAGAUGGCAUGAACAGUUACAGUGCUGGUGCCUGAACUUCAAGGGGCGUGUGACGGUGGCCUCUGUUAAGAAUUUCCAGCUUGUCGCAGCUGUUGAGCCCUCACAUAAUGUAUCACCUGAAGAGCAAGAGAAGGUAAUCUUACAGUUUGGAAAAAUUGGCAAAGACAUCUUCACAAUGGAUUAUCGGUACCCUCUAUCUGCUUUCCAAGCCUUCGCAAUCUGCCUAAGCAGCUUUGACACCAAACCAGCUUGUGAAUGAUCACCACUGGUGGAUGAUCCACAUCAUUAAUGUUGCCAUGGAUUAUUAUUACCUUUCCUUACUUUCAAGCCUUUGCAAUCGACCACAGCAGCUUUAGCCCAAAUUGGCCUGUGAAUGAUAGCAUGUUGGUCGGAGAUGCACAUGUUUCACCUCUCGAACGCUUCCUGUAUUUUAGUACUAGUAUUUAUGUUCUAAAUGGAAGCUUUUUCUGCAUGGCCUUUGAUGGCUGAUUCUUAGCUGUUGGGCGCCUGGCUUUUCUGAUCAUGCAUUCUGACUUGUAUAUUGUUUGAUCAUCUUGGAAUCAAAGCUAAAUUAACAGUAAAUUGCCUAUA